AUGUCCGCCUUCGCAGAUGGGACGGCAGGCCAACGCGCUCGUGGUGGCGGAAAGCGCAACGGCGGCAGGGCUGCCGCGGCCAAGGGCGGUCCCUCGGGCAGGCAGUCGCAGGAUGCGGAUGGAGGCGACGAGGGGGAUCAUGCCGAGCCGGAAGCUCGUGGUGGCGGAAAACGCACCGGCGGCAGGGCUGCCGCGACCAAGGGCGGUCCCUCGGACUCGCAGGAUGCGGAUGGUGGCGACGAGAAGGAUCAUGCCGAGCCGGAAGCUCCUGGUGGCGGCAUACGCAACGGCGGCAGGGCUGCCGCGGCUAAGGGCGGUCCCACGGGCAGGCAGUCGGAGGAUGCAGAUGGUGGCGACGAGGGGGAUCAUGCCAAGCCGGAAGCUCGUGGUGGCGGCAUGCGCAACGGCGGUAGGGCUGCCGCGGCCAAGGCCGGUCCCUCGGGCUCACAGGAUGCGGAUGGUGGCGACGAUAAGGAUCAUGCCGAGCCGGAAGCUCGUGGUGGCAGCAUGCGCAACGGCGGCAGGGCUGCCGCGGCUAAGGGCGGUCCCUCGGGCAGGCAGACGCAGGAUGCGGAUGGUGGUGACGAGAAGGAUCAUGCCGUGCCUGCAUGCUGUGGCGUUAACGAUCAUGAUGAGGACGAGCCAGCAGCUGUGACUGAUGGGAAAGGUGGAUGUGAAGCUGUGAUUCCCUACCAACGGCGCAAGGCUGUGGAUCCGGGCAGUUGCGACCAUAAGGCGAUACAAGCUCGACGCGGCCCCAAUGUGCACGUUUUGAGCUCGUCUGGUUCCGAGGAAGAUUCGAGCGACAGUGAGUCGGGCAGCUCAUCCAGGAGUGAGGAGGUAUACGAGGACGAGGUUGAGGAGGAGGAGGACGAGGAUGAUGAGGAGUUGGAGCCGGAGAGCGAGGAUGGGGAGGAGGCUCGGCCUUUGCAGAGGAGGAGUGUGAGGAAGCUCAAAAAGGGCAACGCUAAGCAAAAGUCGGAGAGGGGACGGGUAAAGAUCUGUAAACAGAGUGUGCGUCGUGCCAAACCACAAGGCAAGCGCCAGAGACCUCGAUUCGAAGCUAAAAUAGUGGGUGUGCGUAGCAAGGCGAAGCGGGAGUUGAAUUUUUACGAAUCAAUGGGGAUACGAUGUCCAUCAAGCUCUCAUGAACGGCAAGCCGCGGACCCGUACGCUGCGUUACGCGAUCCGAGGGGUUCGGCUGGGAAGGGAGAUCAGAUGGCUUGGGGGUCAGCGCGGUUUGGCAAAGAAGCGACGGACCCGCCCCCCAACCAUAUGGGGGGUCGCGCGGUUCAUGUGAAGAACGAGGGGGCAACGAAGCGGCACGAACCCUCGGUAGCUGCAGCAGCGAAUGACGGUCUGGGAGGUGUGUGGGCGAAUGCCUUGGGUGAAUGUGGCGGCGGUGUGGAAGGCUCCAUGUGGGAUAUACGGGAGAGCAGGGGAGAAGGGGGGGACGAGAAAAUGGAUCCAGCGACUAAGGAGGGGAGGGGAGAGAGCAUGGGCACACCUGGCGCAUCCAGUCGGCCGGAUGUGGCUGGCGGCAGGACUGUGGAGCAGCUCAUGCGAGAGCUUGCCCAGCGGGAUCGCGAAAUCGCUGCACUCAAGGCAAGGCCAGGAUCAAAAGGAGCUGUCAAGCCCUGCACCCCUCCAUCUAGGCCUCCUCCUCUAGCAUCUCUGUCGAGCGGCCCAUCUAUAGGGAGCCUCGAUCCAGACGUGGCGCCAGAAAGCCCAGCGACGGUAGACGUAGCGGUCCGUCGAACGCGUGGGAUGCCCACACCCAAGCUGCUGAAGAGCCCCUGUUCAUGGUGCUGGGGGUGGUGUGGGUGUCAUGCGGCGGAGGGAAUAGAGGAAGCCGUAUCCGUCAAUCCCACGCGGCCCCCUUUCUGUCCGCCGCUCCUCCCUCCCCUCUCUAUCCCGUCCCUCUCCCUCGUCGUCCAGAGCCACUGUAAAAGAGCUCAUGUUCAUGGUGCUGGUGGUGGGGUGGGUGUCAUGUGGCGGAGUGAUCAGCCCAUGUUCAUGGUGCUGGGGGUGGUGUGGGUGUCAUGCGGCGGAGGGAUAGCUAAGCAUAGCAGUCAUCCUUUAUCUCACUCCCCGCUCUCUCCCAUCCCUCCCCUCCCUCUGCAAGAGCCCAUGUUCAUGGUGCUGGGUGUGAGCCCCUGUUCAUGGUGCUGGGGGUGGUGUGGGUGUCUUGCGGCGGAGGGAAUAGAGGAAGCCGUAUCCGUCAAUCCCACGCGGCCCCCUUUCUGUCCGCCGCUCCUCCCUCCCCUCUCUAUCCCGUCCCUCUCCCUCGUCGUCCAGAGCCAUUGUAAAAGAGCUCCUGUUCAUGGUGCUGGUGGUGGGGUGGGUGUCAUGUGGCGGAGUGAUCAGCUCCUGUUCAUGGUGCUGGUGGUGGGGUGGGUGUCAUGCGGCGGAGUGAUAGCUCACCAUAGCAGCUAUCCUUCCUCUCCCUGCACCCUCUCUCCCAUCCCUCCCCCACCUCUUCCAGAGCCCAUGUUCAUGGUGCUGUUGUUGCUUAACGUUGGUUCUUCUCCCACUGUCCCCUUCUCCCGCCCCCCCUUUAAUCUACACCUCUCCCCUUCCCUCCCGCCAUCCCGUUCUCUCCCUCCCUCCAUUUCUCUUCAGCCCUCCCCUUCUAUCCCGCCCUCCAUGUCUCUCCUGCCCUCCCCCUCUCCCCUGCCCUCCCCUUCUCUCCUGCCCUACCCUUCUCUCCCGCCCUUCCCUGCUCUACUGCCCUCCAGCCAACCCUCCAUUCAUUCUAAACCGCCCUCCACUUCGUCCAUACCCUUUGGACAACCCCUAAACCAUGUCGUGCAUGAUCUUCGUCCCCGCCUUGUCCUGCGUGCGUGCAGGAGGGAAUCAACGGGUCAGCUCGUGGGGAAACAGCAGAGACGGGCUCCCGUUUGCCAACGGCCGGUUGACCAGGGCUUGGCAAAGGUUAAGAAGACCGACUGGAACGUCUCGAACUCCCACCGCAAGAACACCGAGUGGAUGACGGGUUUGCACCGAAAUGUGCGGUGGAUUAUCAAGGACCACUUCACACGCCACACCCCCGUGUACAACACAGUCGUGCAGGGCUUCAAGUGGGGCGACCGUGGCCUGUAUGUUCACGAGUCAGGAUUUGAGGCGUUCAAAGGGAAGGCCGUGCCUGACGAGGAGAAGAAGGACUUGAAGGAGGAAGAGCAGGAGGUGUACGACGUGGAGGACUUGAAGACAGAUGACGAGGAGGAUGACGAGGAUCAGGAGGAGGAGGAGGAGGAGGAGGAGGAGGAGGAGGAGGAGGAGGAGGAGGAGGAGGAGGAGGAGGAGGAGGAUGAGGAGGAGGAACAAGGCAUUGGUGGAGACAGCAAGGGGGGCAGCACGCCAGGCAAGAAAGUAGAGUCAGCAUGGGGGGUGGCACGGGCGGCAAAAGCGUGGAGUCAGCAAGGGGGGCAGCAGUAG